CUCUAACAAAGAGAGACACGGGAGAUGCACAUUGGACUGCGUGAAAGGGAGAAUCCCCUCUCUUGGUCGUGCUCUCCUCCGUGGAAUCUUUGGAACGAAGACUACCCAAUUCCAUCCUUCCUCUUCCCCAUAUCUCAUGGCCUCCUCCAACGCCGCCGCCGCCUCCGAUCCCUUGUCCAGCACCCCUUCCCCACGCGCCGCCCGGCCCGGCCGCCAUCCCCGCUCGCACCUCGUCCCCGGCGAUCCUGAGGCCCCGUCCUCUCCCUCCUCCACGCCGUCCCCGCCUACGGCCGCUGCGAUCCCCUUCCCGGACGCCUUGGAUCGAUCCCCCCAAAGGCCGCCGGUGGAGGACGUGGCUCCGUCCUCGUCGGACGCCGCUCGAGGGAAGAAACCGGCCUGGAAGCGGCCGCCCAACGGCUCGAUCGACGCGGGCGCCGUCGUGAUGGGGGGCGCUGCCUCCUGGCCCGCCCUCUCCGAAUCGGCCAAGACUACCUCCAAAUCUCCGUCCUCCGAUGCUCUGAAAGCCCUCUCCGAUGGACCGCUAUCCGCGCCCCCGGAGUCGGUGGUCUCAAAUUCUGCACCAAAGCCGAACUCGAAUCCGUCGUCAACCCCAAACCAUGUUGCACCUGCACGCCAUAAAUCAAUGAAGCGUGGGAGCAGCAGUGGCAAUAAUAGCAGUGUCGCACAAUCCGAUGGUGGAAUCUCGCUGCCUUCAACACCACCAACUUCAGGACCUGUGCCUCAAGCUAGCUCGGACAGGCAGGCUCCCCCAGAACCCUCACCUGGAAGCCAAAUUACCAGGGGCGGUGGGUCGGGAUCACAGGCCCAUGAUACUGACAGCCACCCUAGAGGCCAUGGUGGCAAUCGGAGGUGGAACAAUGGUGGUGGUGGUGGCGGCGGUGGUGGUGGUUCUCACCACAACAACUAUGGCAACCGCUAUGAUGGAUAUCGUAGGAAUGCUGGUGGGAGAGAUGCCCACAUUCCGCACCGGGGUGCCAGGCCUUACCUCAGGCUGCCUGUGCCACCUGUAGCACCCCCAUUCCUCACCUCUCCAUCGCAGGUCCGUCCUUACCCGAUGGUAUUCCCUGAUAUGCAUUCUCCUGUCUUUUAUGUUGCCACUCAGCCACCUCCUGGAGGUGUGCCCUUUGUUCCUCAUCCGGCACUUCCACCUGCAGUAUUUAUCCCAACUAUUGAUCCACAGCGUGCUAGUCUUUUGAAGCAGAUAGAUUACUAUUUCAGCUCCGAUAAUUUAUGUAAAGAUGUUUUCCUGCGGCAAAACAUGGACGAGCAAGGAUGGGUUCCAAUAUCCUUGAUCGCUGGAUUCAAUAGAGUGAGGCAAUUAACAAACAGCAUUGACUUUAUAUUGGAUACAGUGCAGUUAUCAACUGAAGUGGAAGUACAGGGUGAGAAAAUAAGGAAGCGUAAUGACUGGAUGAAUUGGGUUCUGCCACCAAAUAACAACCAAUUUGCUAAUAUUUCCAGUCAGUCUCCAGCAACACCAAACUCUGAUAAUCUGUAAGCUUGCGUGCAAUCUGUUCGACUAGAGGGAGCUGCUGACUGGAGUAGCAUGAGUAUACCAAAUCUUAGCGAGGUGUUACUAGUAGAUCAGCAUCUAGGAUCCUGAGCAAUUAGUUGCAAGUAGCUAUGAGAACCGUAAAUGAAAUGAUAAUGGGCAAGUCAUUGGACACUGAUCAAGGUUGAUUGGACCAAAUCUGGAAGCAGCUUAGUCAGGAUUAAUGUGUGAUGAAGUUCAUUCUUCACAGAUGGAGGAAUGGAGUUCUAUUGGUUGUUUGUAAGGUUAAGGUCUACGUUUGCUGUGCCAGAAUCUGCCAGUUUUGCCUCAGGUUGAAAGGGAUAAAUUACAAAAAGAAAAAAAAAACAACAGAAAAUUAUAAAAGAAAGAAAAGAAAAGAAUUGAAGAGAAAAAGGGAAACAUAGAUAGAGACUACAAUUAUGAGGUUUCUACACAUGGGCAAAUGGUGCUGAUGGUGAUAUCUUAUCACCAUCUUCCAUCAUUAUCUCAUUUCUGAACUGUUCCUCAUUUUAUUUUUGGUUGCAAACCUUUUCUUUCUUCAUAAAGAAGGUCCGAACUAUUCUCAUUUUUGAGUUCCUGAGGAUUUGGAUAUUGGUCAUUCUGAACUUAAGCGACUUUUUCAUUUUCCUAAUUUGUUUGUCCUCUUUCAUUAAAAAGAAACAUAUUAUCACGACACUAUUACUUCUUUUCAGUAUCAUUUGAGGAAUUUUGGUGUUUA